AUGGCGUCUCAGACUUCACAACAAUAUGCAUUCCGUGCCCAAAAGUCUCUCGGUCUCGUCAACGGGACUCCAGAUUACACUCCGGUCGCCGGAUUCGUUGCGCCAGAUGUACCUGCUCGAACGCAGGCCUACAGCGCUGAUGGACGACUCUACGCCUAUGCCUUACCCACUGUGGUCCGCAUUUUCCAGGCAGAGGGUGCUAAGCUCCUUCAGGAACUCCCAUUUCCCAACAUUGUUGAUUUAAGCUUCUCGCCUCGGGGGACAUAUAUCUCUACUUGGGAAAGACCUGUCAAGUUGGAGGAUGGGGCCCAACACAAGAACCUCCGUGUUUUCUCCGUGUCUACGGGAGUGGAGUUGAUCGCCUUCACUCAAAAGUCUCAGGAGGGUUGGGAUCUACAGUAUACCAUUUCCGAGUCCCAUGCUAUUCGCCUUGUUUCUUCGGAAAUCCAGGUCUAUCGCCCCUCGGAAUGGUCAAAGGGAAUUGUCGACAAGCUCAGAGUAGAAGGAUCGACUUUGGUUUCAUUGAGCCCUGGGUUGAACCCCUCGAUCGCAGUCUUCGUAGCCGAGAAAAAGGGUGCCCCCGCUAGCAUCAAAAUCUUCAGCUUGAGCGCGCUCAGCGGUACACCUACUUGCCAAAAAACAUUCUUCAAAGCCGACCGCGCCCAAAUCAAGUGGAACACUCUCGGUACUCAGGUCCUUCUCCUAACCCAAACCGAAGUCGACAACUCGAACAAGAGCUACUAUGGAGAGACUGGCAUGUACCUCCUGAGCGCUGCUGGCAACUUUGAUUGUAGGGUUACUUUGGACAAGGAAGGUCCCAUCCACGAUUUUGCCUGGAGUCCCAACUCAAAGGAAUUCGGUGUCGUCUAUGGAUACAUGCCCGCCAAGACCAUGCUCUUCGAUCAGCGAGUGCGAACUCUCCACGACUUUGGAGCCUCACCUCACAACUUUAUCUCCUUCAACCCUCAAGGACGCCUCAUCGCCCUCGCGGGAUUCGGCAAUCUGGCAGGCAAGAUCGAGAUUAUCGACCGGCGCACGCUCGCAAAGGUGUGCACCAUCGACGCACCCAACACCUCGCACUGUGAAUGGUCGCCCGACGGCCGCUUCCUCCUCACCGCCACGCUCUCCCCGCGCCUGCGCGUCGACAACGGCAUCAAGAUCUGGCACUGCACAGGCCCACUCGUGCAUGUUCAACUCACAGAUGAGCUCUAUCAGACCUCGUGGCGUCCCACUCCCGUCGAGAACGUCGCGCCGUUCGGUAACACCAUUCCACCCGCGCCCGCACCCAGUGCAAGCGUUCUGAGCCUCGCAGCCGUACAGAAGCCCGUGCCUGCGAAACCAGCAGGUGCAUACCGCCCACCUGGCGCACGUGGCCUCGCGACACCAUCAAUCUUCAAGCGUGAGGACGAGGGAGGGCCGAUGAUGAACGGAGGUGCGAGCGGCAGUGCGACGCCGCCGAGGUACAACAGGAGCCCUGUUCCUGGUGCGCCUGGGUAUGGCCAGGGGCACCAGCAGAAUGGCGGGCACCAUUACCAAAAUGGGGGCAGGAGGACGGUUCCUGGUGCGCCGCCCUCUGGGACUCCCAGCCCUGGACCCGAUGGUCAGAAAAACAGAAAGAAGAAGGGAAAGAAGGAGGGUGGUGCUCCUGGUGAGGAUGGUGUAGAGGGCGGUCGUCAGUCGUUUGAUGCAGGUCAACAACAACAGAAUCGUGGAGGGAACAGGGAGCGCCAGGAUGGAAAGGGAAAUAAGGACGGUGGAAAUGGAAAGCGAGCGAAUGGUGCCGGUGGUAUUGUCAACCUUCCACCUCCCGUCGUCGUCAGCCCGCCCGCUGCAGAGACUGACGCUCCCGUCACGCCUGGUGCGGACGGUGCUUUGGAUGCAGUGGCUAAAAAGGCAAGGAACUUGAACAAGAAGUUGAAAGCCAUCGAAGAACUUAAAGAGAAGGCCAAGCGUGGCGAACGACUUGAAGCCACCCAGCUUAGAAAGAUGGAGGGUGAAGCCGACAUCCGCAAAGAACUCGCUGCGCUGGGCGUCUGA